AAAAGUUAACCCAACUCUUCGUGUUUAAAAUUUUUAAUCUUAUACAUAUACAUUUUAUAUCACAUCAUCUGAAAGGAAAUUCAUGAUGAUUCAUCUUCAGUAUGAUUCAAUCAAUAUCUCAUCAUAAUUGGACAUAAUUGAAAUUCUAAUUUAAAUCAUUGUAAACGUUGUUUUAUAUCUUCAACUAGUAUAUUUAUGACUUAGGAAUCGUUUAUGCAUCAGAAAUUUUUAGAAAUUGAAAUGUUGAAGUAUUUUUUAUUUUCUUUGAUACUUACAGUUCAAGGAGAUUCUUUAUCCCGUGAGGACAAGCAUACUGAUGCGAAUAAGGACGCAGAACGAGUUGUGGGAGGUGCGGCAGCACCUGACGGCGCGGUACCCCAUCAGGUCGCGAUUAGAGUACCCAAAGAAGACAAUUGGCUCUUCUGUGGUGGUGCUAUUAUCGAGAAAAGAUGGAUCAUGACAGCUGCACAUUGCCUUGUUAAGAUAAAACCAAAGGAUAUUGUAGCUGCAGCAGGAACAAAUCUAAGACGUGGAGGAACCGAAUAUAAAAUUAGUAAAUUUAUAAUUCACGAGAAGUACGACCGUACAUCUUUCGCCAACGACAUCGCGCUGAUGUUAACUGAAGAAGAGAUUGAGUUCUCUGAUAAAGUUAAGCCUGUCAAACUAGCAUCAAGGAAUACAGAUCCAGGUGCAAAGUGUUUGCUCACUGGUUGGGGAUAUACGAAUCAAAAGGGAACUAAAAUACCAGAUAAACUGCAAUGGCUCAACGUCACAGCUUUAUCUGUUUAUAACUGCCAGAAACAAUUAAAGGCAUUCCAAAAGAAAAAUCCCUUUACCAAGAAACAAAUAUGCACCCUCACCAAAAGAGGAGAAGGAACAUGUCAGGGUGACUCUGGUGGUGCUUUGAUAGAGAACGGCGAGGCCGUCGGUGUGGCCUCCUACAAUCUGCCGUGUGCUUAUGGUGUUCCUGAUGUCUUCACAAGAGUUUACGAAUAUCUCGACUGGAUUAAGGCUAGAAUGGAUGAAAAUACGACAAAGAUAUAAAAGAAAACUGCUUAAUUAAAUUCUAAUAAAACGCUACUUUUAUGAUGAUACAGAAUUUCUGAAUAUCUUUCAUGAUCAUUUGUCAGUCUAAUAGGCAAGUAGAUGACCAGCGUCGUGAGCUUGACACACGCCAUCGCCUUUUU